AACACGCUGCUUCACAACACAGCCACAUACACUGAUACACACACUCGCGAUCACACUGACAAGCUCUGCUUAACUGCUCAGCUAGGAGCUUCACACAGGUCGAUCUAGCUCGGCAGUCAGAGCUCAGCACCAAUGGCCACCGUCGAGGUCCAAGUCCCGACCAACACGCUGCCCGCCGAGGAGAACCCGGUGGUGGUGGAGGCUGUUCAGCAGGCUGUCGUUGCCGAGGAGGCUCCCAAGGAGGAAGCCGCUGCUCCGGCCGUGGCCGAGGCCAAGGAGGCCGAGCCUGCAGCUCCGGCCGAGACGGAGGCGACCAAGGAGCCGGAGCCAGAGGCUGCCCCGGUUGAGACGGAGACCGAGGGGGCAGAGGCUGCCCCAGCCGAGACAGAGACCAAGGAGGCAGAGCCAGAGGCAGCUCAGAUCGCAACCAAGCAGGCAGAGCCGGAGGCUGCUCCGGCUGAGACGGAGACCAAGGAACCAGAGCAAGAGGCUGCACCAGCUGAGACCGAGACCAAAGAGGCAGAGCCAGCUGCGGCGGAGGCAGAGGCUGCACCUGUCGACACCACGGCCGCCGAGGCCGAGGCUAAGGAGUCGGAGGCUGUGGCGACUGAGGAGGCAGCGCCUGCCGCGGAGCCGGAGCCACUAGCUGCCGUCACAGAAGCAGCACCAGCGCAGGAGGAAGCACCGGCCGCCGCCACCGAGGAGGCUGUGGCCGUGGAAGCGGCUCCGGCUGCGCCGGCAGAGGCAGAGGCAGAGACACCAGCGCCUGCUCCUGAGGCCGACAAGGCUAGCGAGUGAACUGAGUGGCUGUACGUACGUACUGAUCGAUCUUGCUCGUGCCACGGCAUGGCGCCGGCAUGGUUUGCUGCUUGUUUGCGUUUCAGGGAGUCGUCGUCGUUUGUUCGGGUUCGUGUCCAUGUCGUAGCUACGUUGGGCCUCCCUAGUACAGGCCGUGUUGAAUAAUGUGUCUGUGUCUGUGUCUGUGGGGUUCCGGGGCCCAGUGUCAGUGACGGCGUGACGUGGCUUGACGGCACUUCGGUGGGGCCGGGCUCUGGAGGUCAUAAUCGUUUAAUCAUGUUGGUUAAUAUGUGUACUGUUUUGGUACUAGUUAAUCAAGUUCGACUCGUAUCUUUCGAGCA